CGGAACUAUUUGGAGACGGAACCGGAAGCUUCGCCAAUCACAACUUCCACACAUGUGAGGAGACGAAUCGUCGCUUUAAGUCUUAUUAUUAUAUACUAUUCAACUGUUUGAAGUUGACGUUAUUACGAAUUCACAACUGAGGUGUAACGCCGUGACGGCUGCGUGGGCGCGAUGGCUGAGAUCGUUCAGCAGCGGAUUGAGGACAGGAUUCCUGCGCUGGAGCAGCUGGAGAGAGUGGGACUAUUCACCAAGAAAGAAGUCAGAUCCAUAAUCAAGAGAGUUACUGCCCUGGAAUACAAGCUGCACAGGCUGAUUGUAAACAAAGACGACUUCAUUGCAUACAUUCAGUAUGAGAUCAACGUUUUAGAGCUGGUCAAGAAGAGAAGAGCGCAUGUGCACUACUUGUUCAAGCGAGAAGAGAUUGAAGGCCCCAUCAUCUAUAGAAUAAAUAGUAUCUUCAGAAGAGCAACAAAUAAGUGGAAGGAUGAUGUGCAGCUUUGGCUCUCGCAUGUCGCCUUCUGCAGGAAAUGGUCCAGCAAGAUCCAGAUCAGCAAGGUGUUCUCUUCCAUGCUUGCCAUCCACGCUGACAAACCAGCCCUGUGGAUCAUGGCUGCCAAAAGUGAGCUGGAAGAUAGAGAUUCUUCUGAAAGUGCGCGGCACCUUUUUCUGAGGGCUCUGCGCUUCCACCCAAACAACAAGAAGGUUUACCAGGAGUACUUCCGUAUGGAGCUGCUGCAUUCUGAGAAACUGCGGAAGCAGAAGGAAGACCUGGAGAAGGCGGAGAUCGACCUGGGUGAAUAUGAAUUCUCUCCAGAGAUCCUGAGUGGCAAACUUGCUGAGGUUGUGUACAAAGAUGCUACAUGCACAAUCAAAGAGGCAGAGCUUGUCAUCUCACUUCUAAACAUUGCAGCAAUCUUUGACUUCACCAAAGAGCUCCAGGACUACAUCCUGCAGGACUUACAGAAUAACUACACAGAAGAAGCCUUGACAUGGGAUUUUAUGGCCAAGAGGGAGCUGGACGCUCCCGGGGCAGGGGAGGAGCUGCAGACCGCCAAAGGCCGGGCCUCGGAUAUCAGUCGGCGAGAGGAGCGGUGCUGCCAAGUCUAUGAGGAGGGCAUCAAGAGCCUCAACUCUGAGUCCAUGUGGACUUGCUAUGUGGCCUUCUGCUGGGAAAGGCUGAAAAGGAAGACCAACGUUCAAGAGCUGAAGGAAAAGAGGCAGGAGAGGCUGCUGAGUGUGCUGCAGCGUGCCCACGACUCCUCGCUGCUAAAGGAGGAUUAUUAUAAGAGCUGGCUGCAGAUCCUGCUUUCAUCUGGAGAUGCUGAGGGAGCGGCAAGCGUUGCCAUGGCAGCCACGCAGCGCUACAGUCAGUCGGUGUCGGUGUGGAGCCUGAGUCUGCAGACGCUAAUGCAUCUUGGGAGAGAAGACAUGAGCGGGCUAUUCCAGGAGGCGCUCACACAUAUAAAUCCCAAGGAGAGUCUGACGCUCUGGCAGCUGCAGGCCGAGUGGAGCGCUGCCAACCAGAGUCCUGAGGAAACGGAGGCCAUGUUCAAGAGAGGUCUGAUGUCUGCAGUAGCGGCCGUUUCCAUGGAGAUGAAAGAGCGCUACCUCGAUUGGUCCUACGCCACUGGAGGCUAUAAGAAAGCCCGGAGGACCUUUACAAGUUUACAGGAAAUUCGUCCACUGUCCAAGGACUUCUUCACCAGAAUGAUUCAGAUUGAGAAAGAACAAGAGACUCCAAAGAUGAGCAAUCUGAGAGAUUACUAUGAGAGAGCCCUGCAGGAGUUUGGCACAACAGAUGAUGAUCUGUGGCUGCAGUACAUCCAGGAGGAGCUGGAACCCCACGGACAGCCUGAGAAUUGUGGCAAGAUCCACUGGAGAGCCAUGAAGUUUCUGGAAGGGGGGAGUGUGGAGAGAUUCACCUCCAAAUACACUCUGAUGCAGACUGGACACUUGUAGUAUCUUGUUGUCCAGGGAGGAUUCUCAGCUCAAGAAGAAGCGCCUAUUUUGAAAGAGUUCCUUUUGUCCCUGUUGAAGACUGGCGUCAUGUCUCUUCAUUAUUUUCCAACAAGUUUUCAGUCAUUUCCUCUUUUGUGGUUUUUCCAAAAAAUAAAAAUGUUCACAGACAUGAUAGGAACGCCGGCAGUGAUCACAGGUUUAAGUAAAAGUUUAUAGCUGUGAUCUUCAACUUGGACCCGCUUUUGAUUUUUGUUUAUGACACUGUGCCAGACUGAUGGCAUCUAGUUGUUCUGUUGAAGUUUAAUUCCAAUUAAUUUUUUCAUUUAUUUGUCAUUUUGAGACGACUGUCAAAGUAAUAUUAAAUCUGUUUCAUCCUUGA